UAGCCAGGGUGCUAAGGGAGUUGCUUUGAGAGCCAUCCAUAUAUACUUUGCUUGAUGCCCCGUUACUGUCGGCACCCUGCUCUCUCCUCCCUCCCCUUUAUUGCUUCCUCCCUCCCUCCCUCCCUCUUCACAGCACAACACGCUGCCACCAUUUAUGCCACUCCCUCCCUCCCAGCUGUGGUGACAGGACGAGCGUCUCAUUCUCAACCUGAGGCUCACCUUCUCUCAGUCAUAUUCUCCGUCUUCUUCUCCAGUACGCUCGCAAUGGCUGCUUCGUCCGGCGAAUGGCUGAGCCGGGCAGCUAUGGUGUUGGUGCUAGGUCUCGUGGUGGCGUCGUCAGCUAAGGCGGGCGAUGUGGACAUGGUGUUCCUGAAGAGUGCAGUGAGCACGGGAGCAGUUUGCCUGGAUGGGAGCCCACCGGUUUACCACUUCUCUCCUGGUUCUGGCUCUGGUGCCAACAACUGGCUGGUUCAUAUGGAGGGAGGAGGUUGGUGCAGGAAUGCCCAAGAGUGUUCUGUCAGGCAGGGUAACUUCAGGGGCUCUUCCAAAUUUAUGAGGCCACUAUCGUUUUCAGGGAUAAUAGGUGGCAACCAGAGAAACAAUCCUGAUUUCUAUAACUGGAACAGGAUAAAGGUCAGAUAUUGUGAUGGCUCAUCAUUUACUGGCGACGUUGAAACAGUAGAAACUUCGACGAACCUCCAUUUCAGAGGGGCCAGAGUUUGGAAUGCCAUCAUUGAAGAUCUACUAGCAAAGGGGAUGAGCAAAGCACAAAAUGCUCUUCUUUCUGGUUGUUCGGCUGGAGGUCUGGCUGCCAUACUGCACUGUGACCAAUUCCGAGAUCUGCUUCCAGCAACUGCAAAUGUGAAGUGCUUUUCUGAUGCUGGUUUUUUUGUUGAUGGAAAGGAUAUCACCGGGAAUGAUUUUGUCAGAACAUUCUACAAGGAUGUCGUAAAUCUACAUGGAUCGGCUAAAAAUUUACCAUCUUCAUGUACGUCAAAGAUGUCCCCUGAUCUGUGUUUCUUCCCGCAGAAUGUAGUGCCAACAUUGCGCACACCGUUGUUCAUACUUAAUGCAGCAUAUGAUGCAUGGCAGAUCAAGAACGUCCUAGCACCUAGUGCCGCUGACAAAAAGAAGACUUGGGCCAAAUGCAAGCUUGAUAUAACAGCUUGCUCCUCAAGCCAGCUCACAACCUUGCAAAAUUUCAGGACAGAUUUUCUGGCAGCUCUUCCUAAACCAGAGCAGUCCCCAGCCAAUUUGAGCAUAUUCAUAGACUCAUGCUAUGCCCACUGCCAAUCUGGGUCCCAGGAUACAUGGCUCGCUCAAGGUUCUCCUGUAGUUGAGAAGACGCAAAUUGGUAAAGCAGUAGGAGACUGGUUCCACGAUCGGGAAGUAUCCCGGAGGAUUGAUUGCCCUUAUCCCUGCAACCCAACCUGCAAGAACCGUGAUGAUGAUUAAGCAAUUCGACCUGAAAACUUCUGUUAAAUUCUAGUACUGUGUUGUUAAAUAUCAAGUGAAGCAAUAAGGGAUUAGUCUAUAGAUAGAGCCAUAGAGAGGUGUUACUGUUACCCACGAUUUCUUCAAUUCUUCUCCAUUCUGUUUCUAUGCCUUUGUCGACGAUGAAUCAUGAACAUAUAGUUCAGUAAGCUCAAAAUUUCUCUGUUCAUCUCUAAUGAGAACCCAACAAAGGAACAGAUGCAGUAACCUUGCAGAUUUGCCUGUAAAA